GUCGUUACAAAUCGGCUACCCGCAGCAAGUCGCUGCACUCUGGAGGACCUUCGUACUCGGCUACUGUCAGACAAACGACUAUUGGCCUCCAGGGUGUUCACGACUUAUGCUUCGGAACAAGGCUCUAGAUCUCUCCAUAAUAGCACUCAGCGCCCAGCGUCUUGCGUUGAACCGGGGCAACGCAGCCCUUCACAUCAUGAGUCUUACCGCUUACAACAAUAGCAUUAGUCUGUACAGGGGCACGGUGCAGAAAUCGUCUAACAGUGGUUUGGCUGCUAUGCUAGCUGUGAUUUCGACGGUGUACGCGCUGGUAGACUCCUGUCUGAAUCCGCCUGUAGACAUGGCGAAUUUCAGUUGGGGCUCGUCAGGCCAUUUUGACGGAGCUCUGGCCUUGAUGCGACAAAGUGGACCUACCCAGUUUUCAAAAGAUGGAUUUCAUUUAGUGUUCAAGAAGAUUCGGGAAAUGGGGUUUUUUCUUGCGUUGAGCAGACGUCAAAAAACAUUCUUGUCCAAAGAUGAAUGGAUGAGCAGUCCUUGGGCAGCGCAGCCUAAAACCUGGCGGGACAAGCUCUAUGACCUAGCGCUACGCUUCAGCGAGCUCGUGGUCAACGACGGGGGAGUAAAUGAAUCCCCUGAUUGCCUAGGCAUUUCACAAGAGCGGAUUGGCGAAGCAUUGGGGAUCGAGGCAGGCCUCGCCAGAUGGCGGUCUUUAUGGCUCAACGAGGCAUACCCGCAUCAGCAAAUCAGCUGCGAUUGCCAAUCUCCAGCCGCAUUUUCGUGCAUUUGUUCUGUACUACUGCUUGAGUUUCCAAGCAACGACUUUGCGCUGCUGCAAAUCGAAUGCUGGUCACUGCAGCUUCUGAUCAGUACUACACUAAGCAGGCUCUCAGGGCCGGAGCUUGACCUCACUAGUUCAUGGAUUAAGAUGUUACCCACACGGUCAUCUCAGAUUGCCUCUUAUAUGGAAACGGCAUCGGCACUUCCUGCUCUCCGAUCUACCUCGCACAUGACUUCUGGCGUAACCGAAGGAUUUUGUCGCAAUAUCUUUCCGUAUUGGAUCCUCAAAAAGUACCAAGCAGACGCCAUUAGAGCAUCACCACCCAACUUGCAGCAUCAGAUUGCAACGAAGUAAGGAUUUCAACCCGCCAAAUAGUAUCCGUUGGGCUCUACACAGUCCCACAAAAAGGCUUCGCAGCCGAUUAAACGCGCUCUUUCCCUCAAAACGAGUCUGGCAAAGGACACGCCUCGAUUCGGUCCGGCCAAGUAUGGCCCUCCAACGAAAACCCCUCGAGGUAUCUCUGCCCAACCGCACCCACGAAAUUGUCAUACGUAGUCUCCGGCUUCGACCUACAAAAUCCACACAAAAUCUCCUUGAUCCCAGCAAUCAUCUUCAACCGCGGAUACUCUUUCACGAUGCCGUCAUACUCAGCCCACGUCAACGACCCCUCCG